AUGAAUUCAACAUCACCUUCAGUUAAUCUGAAGAUAAUUUGUAGUACUCCAAACACAAAAAAAGUACACCAUUUUGAAAUUACCCCAUUAAUAAGCCCAAUAAAAACACAAAUUCAAGAACAAAGUUAUAAUUUGCCAACUGAUUCAUAUUAUGAUGGAGACGAUGUCUUGAAUAAUCAAAACAUAGCAAAAAAUAAUAUCUUUCCAUAUAACAAACAAAUAGUGACAUUACCAAGAAAAUUAGAACUUAGCGGCUUUGAAAUCAUAAAUUCUUCACAACAAACAGAUAAUAGUGAACAAAAUGGAGACAUACAAAAGUUGAAUUAUUCAGACAGUGGACAGAGUGAAAUAUAUUUUAUUAGUAGGGAUCCUAGAAAAUUUCAAUACAAAAAUUAUAUUUCAAAAUCAAACAUAAGUAGUUUAAGUAAUGUAUCUAGUGAAAAAUCAUAUAACAGAAAAGAAAAAAAAAUUAGCAAUAGAAAUAUAAGUUCAGCUUAUUUUGAUGACUAUUCAAAAAAUGUAGAAUUCCAAGUGUCAGAUUUUAAGAAACCAUCAAUCGUAUUUACAAAUAAAAGUAGUACAGUAUUAAAACAAAGUUUAAGUGAAAAGAUUAAAAAAAAUUCUUCACUUUUCAAAAAGAAUAGGCUAGUAAGUGAAUCAAUAACAAGCCCACCAAUUAAUAUAAAAACAUCAAACCCAAAAAAAACUAAAUACCACAACCAGCAAUCAACUUCAGAAUCAUGGACUAGGAUAAGUGAAACAUUCAGUGAGAUUUCAUUUUCUGAUUUCGAUAAGACAUCACAAACAGAAACAAUGACAAAACACAGUCAAAGUAAGAGCAUGCAUCAUAAUGAAAUAGAACAAGAUUUAAGUUUAGAGUAUUACGAUACACGGGAAAAAUAUGCGAGUACUUGGAAUGUGGAAUCACAGAAUAACAGAGAAGAUGAUAGCAUUUCAAGUAUUCAUUCUUCCCCAAAAGUCUCUAAUGAACUUAAUAAUCAUGAAGAUUCUCAUUCAAGUUUACCAACAUUUAGUGAUACUAUUUCAUUAAACUCAACAUUGAAUUCUGAUAAUAUAGUCUCCAUUCAACAUCAAUCUAUAAGUUGGUCAGAAGAUAGUUUCAAUGCCAAUAAUGACAUUCAUUAUGAAGAAAACUACAUAAAGCAAAACAAUGGUACUGUAGUAUUUAAUAACAUAGUCUCCGAGGAGAUACAAUUUACAUCAAAAGGAAAUAUAUCCAUGGUUAGUAAUUAG